AUGUUAAGUUUUCCCAGAUCUAUUUGCCGUAAGUACAUUUCGACGUGGAGAAAUGUUAAUCCUAAUGAAAUUCAGGUUGAACUUAUGCAAGCAGGCUUGUCGAACAAAUUAUUUAUUUUGAGCGUUCCAAAUAAAGAGCCUUCAAAAGCUUUUUUGCGUUUAUACGGACCACUUCGCCAAACAUUGGCGAAAAUCAUUGACGAACAAACAAUUCUCGAAGUGUUAACAGAAGUGAAACUAACGGCCAGGAUUUAUGCGUCUUUCGAAGAAGGCCGGAUUGAAGAGUUUUUGAACGGCCAAAUGUUGACGAUAGAUGAGUUUUACACCGAACCUAUUUACAAAAAACUGAUAUCAAAAUUACAUUUACUGCAUAACUUACAGAAGGUAAAACCUAAACUUCUUACGCUUAAAGGAAACGAAACUGUUAUCAUCAGCAUUAUACGAGACGAUAUCCACAGUCAAAAUGCUCUUAUCGAUAAUGACAAGCUACAUUUAGUAGACUAUGAAUUCAGCGGUUUCAACUAUCGUGCGUACGAGUUGGCGGUGAUUUUCACAGAGAAAACGAUUAGCUACACGGUGAAAGAACCACCCUAUUUCAAAUACAACUGGGAGGCUAAGCACUACCCCGACGAAACUGAAAUUGGUCACUUUAUAGAGCUGCUUAUUUGA